UUAGUGUCAUUUCAAUCGAAUUUAAUGGUUAAAUGUGUAUACAAUAUUAAAACAACAUUUAUUUAUUGCAAAGACGAAUUGCCACAACUAUACACACAGGCCUGAAGAUCGAUUGACGAUGGAUGACGACGUACGACGAUGAAUACCUUCUUAUAUCAAAUUGUUAAAUGCAGGAAGCACGUGCUUGAGAAUUGGGUUUUCAUUGGCUGAAUAAUUAAUUACAGUGAAUAUUCACUGUUAAAAUAUGUGAACUUUUUUGUGAAUAAACUUUGAAUUCCUCGCCAUAAAUAGUUAACACUGCGACAAACCUGUGGAACAACUGUGUAUUACAUUUGAUUUUUACAUGUUUUUUUGAAACGUCAUUAUUGAAUUAAAAUAUGAUAGUUAUUUGAAAAUUAUUAAAACGAAUUUGUGGACGCUAUGCGCUGGAUAAUAUUUUUGUUUUGUUUUAACAUUGCAGAUUGUCUUACAUUAAUUGGGAAAAAAUCAAAAGUGGAUGUUUUGGAAGGGGAAAAUGUACAGCUAGUGUGGGAUUUAACUAUAGCAUCAGGGGAAAGCUUCAACUCUGGUUCAAUUGUUUUGAGAAAAAUUGAAGAAUCAAUAGAUGUUGAUGUUGGAGAAUUUCGUCCUGAUGGCACAACUUUUGUUCCCUUUGAGCCUUAUAUACGAAGGGGCUGGUCAGUUAAACAUGAUACAAAUUUGAAUACAAUUACUCUUAGCAUUAUAAGCACAAAAUCUGCAGAUGAUGGAAAUUAUACUUUAAAGUUAUCAUAUUUUUUUGGCCAGAGAAUUGUAAAAAAAUCAUCUAGCAUCAAGUUAAAUGUUCUUGUGAAGCCUUUUUUUCCUUCUGGGAGUUUUAAUAGUGGUGAACAAAUUUUGGAUGAAGGAAAAGCAUUCACAAUUAAGUGUGAACCAGAAGGAAGCCCAAAACCAAUUAAAAUUAUUUGGGAAAAGAAUCUAGAUCGAUAUAAAGAAACAGAUUCAUUUAAUUCAAAUCUUGUAUUCGACAAUUUGACAAGAAAUGAUGGUGGAAAAUAUGUUUGUAAAGCAAGCAAUCAAGCUGGAACUGCGACAGUUUUUCCUACAACAACUUUGGUUAUAAAUUAUAAACCUGUCAAUACUCUACUAAAUACAACAGUGGUACAAUUGACUGGCAGUAAUGUGGAUUUCAAAUGUUCUGCUGAAGCAAAACCUCCUGCCACAUUUAGUUUCUUUGGUGAUUCUCUUGCUCCAGUAAAUAAUGUUCAGAAUGGGCGAUAUACAAUAAAAUUAGAUCUUACCAAAGAUGGUAAAACAUUGAAAUGUGUUCCAUCAAACAGACUUGGAAAUGGGCCAACAGCUUCAUUCAAAAUUAAUGUCAAAGUUCCAGCUAAAGUAUCUGAAUUACCCACAACAAUGGAUGCCAUUGAAAAUCGUAACUACUCAGUAUUGUGUAAAGUUACAGGCAAACCUGCACCUGUUGUAACAUGGUUGAAAAAUGGUGCACCUGUUAGAGAUAAUCCUGGUACAUAUAUUCGUACUGAUCAAAGUGGUCGAGUUGCUGAAGCUAUUUCAACAUUCAGACUAUCACCAGCAAGGAGAAAUGACAAUGGUGAUUAUGGAUGCGAAGCUCGUAAUCUUUAUGGUCGUGAUGUAAAAACUGUUCGAUUAAAUCUAUUAUUUUUACCUGACGUCACAAAUAAGAACGAUUUUUAUCGACGUGAAGUACGUGAAGGUGAAAGAGUUGAAUUGAAAUGUACAGCGCGGGGUAAUCCUCCGGUUAUGUACUAUAUUUGGAGAUAUAGUAAUGGAACUGUCAUUCAAAAUAAAACUGUUGGAGUACUUACAUUUGAUUCGAUUCAAAUUCAUCAAGCUGGAAAAAUGUCUUGUGCUCCUUUAUCUUAUGUUGGAGAAGGAAAAAAGCAAUUUGUCGAAGUUUUUGUCAUCGUUCCGCCCAAAAUUAUCAUCUCUCCUCCACAAAAUAUUUUCCUCAACGAAUCUCAACGACUUCUAAUGAUUUGCAACGCAACUGGCAUUCCCGUACCUUGGAUAUACUGGAGGAAAGAUGGCAAAUUGCUUAAUUUUAUUGGGGAACGUCUCAGUAUUGAUUCUGUAACGUAUCGCGACAGAGGAGAAUAUAUAUGUAUUGCUGGCAAUGGAGUUUUUCCAAAUUCUUCUUCUUCCACUGACGUAAUCAUCUACUUUCGUCCAGUGAUUGAAACUACGUCUUCUGCUAAUACAAUUGUUGGAGAAGAAUCUGGAAGAGAAGUCUCUUUAGUUUGUACUGCAGUAGCUUUUCCUCCUGCUCAUUUCAAUUGGCUUUCAUAUCCUUCCAUGAUCAAUUUAAACGAAAGCUCCAAGGAUGUCUUAAUGAUUAUUAAAAACGAUGGAAGUUCUACACUGCGGGUAAAGGCUAGAUAUGGCGUUAAAUAUGUAUGUCAGGCAUAUAACAAUCUUGGAAAUGCCACCCAGGUUUAUGAAAUACGUCCCAAAGGAAUCCCUGAAGCGCCUUAUCUUAAGAAUGUGAAAACUUACAUCAAAAAUUUCCCGAAUGGCGACGUUUCCAAGGUGUAUGCUGAUGUCGAGUGGAUACCUGGUUAUGAUGGUGGAGAUGAUGUUUGGUUUGUUGUUUAUUAUGGUCCACAACAAUCUCGAAUUAUUUAUGAAAAUCAUUUUACUAUUAAAGAGAAUUUAAAAGCAGACGAAGACUAUGUAUUUUACGUUAAAGCUACUAAUAAUUAUGGACCAAGUAAAAAUACAAGCAAUCAUGUCAGACAAAGAACUCAAGCAUUUUUUGGAUCAGCUUAUGUGGAAAGGUUUGAUGAUGGCAAAAUUAUUAGAGUACAGUUUAUAAUUAAUACAAAAGAAAAUUUGACGAAAGAAGUUAGGUUUCGUAAGAAUUCAGAGAAAGAUGUAUGGGAUACAAGAAAAACGAGUUUUGAUAAUGAAGCGCCGUUUCUUAUUAAAGAUUUGGAUCCGAAUACACAUUAUGUAUUCGAAGUUUUAUGGUAUUCACAAGGAGUCAUUCAAAUCACAUAUGCUGGUGAAGUGCUAGCAUGGAAAUCUCCAACAGCUAGUGGUCGAUCAAAAGAAACAUUGACAAAAGAAGAAAUAAUUGCGAUUAUUGCUGGCGUCGGUGGAUUUCUUCUUGUUAUAGUACUUAUCCUCUUUCUUUGUCUUAUUCGAAAACGACAAAAGCCAAAACGAGAUGAGAACGUCGUCGUUAUGCGAAGGCAGCCUGAGAGUGUUGACAUGAUUAAUCGACGAAGUCUGAUUGGUGGUUCAGUUUAUGAUGAUUCAUAUGAAUCUUCUAAUUCUGGAAAUAAAAACAAGAAAAAAAAAGGCCGUGACAGUUAUUAUUUACCAAAUUCUGAAGAUAUGAAUACGUUUACGAUUCAUGAGGAUGAGAAACGCUCAAUUCCAGAUGAAAAUAGCAAACCUCACCAACCACAUAAAUCAAUAAAAAAAUCUCCAUCGAUAGAUAAUGAUAGUGAAGAUGAUUCCGAUGACUCUCAUAAACAACGACUACUGGACAAUAAAUUAUCGUCGGAACCUGAUCACAGAAGGGUCUAUAAUAAUGGAAAAUCAUCACGCAAUGAAACCAGGGAUGUAUCUCGUUCUAAUGAUGAGAACGCUACAAACGAUAAAAGCAAUAAUAAUCAGCGACAGAACAGACGAGGUGCGCCUCCCCCUUACAAACCUCGAACGUUUGGUGAUAACUCUCUUCCACCUUAUCAUGAAGACAAUUUUGAUCUUGAUGAUGCUUCAGGCGACGAUCCUCUUCCUCCUCCAAUGCCAGUUUUACCUCACUCAAGUACUAUACCAGAAGACGCUUGGAGUGAUCGUUAUGGAGAUUCUCCGCGACGUUUAAAAGAAACGUUGUUGGAAAGAGAGAAAUCGCAGUCUCGAAACAGCCUUGGCUCAGAAAAUGCCAAAAACGCAAAAGGCAAAUUACGGCGACCGUCAUCACGUCAUAGUUUAUCUGAGUCUGGACAGCAAUUGACAGAAAGGGAGACUCCAACGAGAGAAUCAUUUGAUAUGAGUAAUGAUGAAAGUACUUUGGUGAGCUAUCUGGUUUAAAAGAUCACACACAGACAAUGUCAAAAUUUAUAAGGACAAUUUUCUACACUUUCAUUCAUCGCUUUUCCUUUUUUAUUGUUCUCUGUAUAAUCCUUAAGGGAUUUUUUAUUUUUUAAACCACUACAGAAUUCACAUCUUUUAUUAUACGUAUAAACUAUACUAUAAAUGACAGUACAGAAUUUUUAGUUAGAUACUUUAGAUCUAUGCUUCGGAUGCCAAAUCGCGUCUGGAUCAACGGCAGGACUUUUGGCCGAUCGCCGGGGGGUGCGCUCAAAGGAAAUAUUUACAAUAGAGAUAUCGCUUUCGUGUUGCAAGGUUGUAAGUCUGUCUGUGUAACAAUUCCUUUCGAAACGUUUGAUUUUCAUGUCUGGAAAUGGAAUCCGAAUAAAUAAAGCAUAAACAAUAUAA